CCACCCCGUUCCCUCCUCCCGGCUCCGGCCCCACCCGGCUCAGACGGCUCCGGACGGGACCGCGAGCACAGGCCGCUCCGGGCGCCUCGGAUCCCGCGGGACCCCACCGCCCUGCCGCGCGCUCCGGCCGCCCGCGCGCCCCACCGGCAGCUCCCCACUGUGUGCAUCUUCCUCGGUGAGCCCAGUGGUCACGCGCCGCCACCAUGUUCAGCUGGCUGAAGCGGGGCGGGGCGCGGGGCCAGCAGCCCGAGGCCAUCCGCACGGUGACCUCGGCUCUCAAGGAGCUGUACCGCACCAAGCUGCUGCCUCUCGAGGAGCACUACCGCUUUGGGGCCUUCCACUCGCCGGCCCUGGAGGACGCCGACUUCGACGGCAAACCCAUGGUGCUGGUGGCCGGCCAGUACAGCACGGGCAAGACCAGCUUCAUCCAGUACCUGCUGGAGCAGGAGGUGCCCGGCUCCCGCGUGGGGCCCGAGCCCACCACCGACUGCUUCGUGGCUGUCAUGCAUGGCGACACCGAGGGCACCGUGCCGGGCAACGCCCUCGUUGUGGACCCGGACAAGCCCUUCCGAAAACUCAACCCCUUCGGGAACACCUUCCUCAACAGGUUCAUGUGCGCCCACCUCCCCAAUCAGGUCCUGGAGAGCAUCAGUAUCAUUGACACCCCGGGCAUCCUGUCAGGCGCUAAACAGAGAGUGAGCCGUGGCUACGACUUCCCGGCCGUGCUGCGGUGGUUCGCGGAGCGCGUGGACCUCAUCAUCCUGCUCUUUGACGCCCACAAGCUGGAGAUCUCGGACGAGUUCUCGGAGGCCAUCGGCGCGCUGCGCGGCCACGAGGACAAGAUCCGCGUGGUGCUCAACAAGGCCGACAUGGUGGAGACGCAGCAGCUGAUGCGCGUCUACGGGGCGCUCAUGUGGGCGCUGGGCAAGGUGGUGGGCACGCCCGAGGUGCUGCGCGUCUACAUCGGCUCCUUCUGGUCCCAGCCCCUCCUCGUGCCCGACAACCGGCGCCUCUUCGAGCUGGAGGAGCAGGACCUCUUCCGCGACAUCCAGGGUCUGCCGCGCCACGCCGCCCUGCGCAAGCUCAACGACCUGGUCAAGAGGGCGCGGCUGGUGCGGGUGCACACCUAUAUCAUCAGCUACCUGAAGAAGGAGAUGCCCUCCGUGUUUGGGAAGGAGAACAAGAAGAAGCAGCUGAUUCUCAAGCUGCCUGUCAUCUUUGCCAAGAUUCAGCUGGAACAUCACAUAUCCCCCGGCGACUUUCCUGACUGCCAGAAGAUGCAGGAGCUGCUGAUGGCUCACGACUUCACCAAGUUCCACUCGCUGAAGCCGAAGCUGCUGGAGGCGCUGGACGAGAUGCUGACUCACGACAUUGCCAAGCUGAUGCCCCUGCUGCGGCAGGAGGAGCUGGAGAGCACCGAGGCGGGCGUGCAGGGCGGCGCGUUCGAGGGCACCCACAUGGGCCCGUUCGUGGAGCGGGGGCCCGACGAGGCCCUGGAGGAUGGCGAAGAGGGCUCGGACGACGAGGCCGAGUGGGUGGUGACCAAGGACAAGUCCAAAUACGACGAGAUCUUCUACAACCUGGCGCCGGCCGACGGCAAGCUGAGCGGCACCAAGGCCAAGACCUGGAUGGUGGGGACCAAGCUCCCCAACUCGGUGCUCGGGCGCAUCUGGAAGCUGAGCGACGUUGACCGGGACGGCAUGCUGGACGACGAGGAGUUCGCCCUGGCCAGCCACCUCAUCGAGGCCAAGCUGGAGGGCCACGGGCUGCCCACCAACCUGCCCCGCCGCCUCGUGCCCCCCUCCAAACGCCGCCACAAGGGCUCGGCCGAGUGAGCCGGCCCCUGCCCGCCGGCCCUCUCUCCUCGCCCUGCUGUGGCUCCCCAGCGCCGGUCUGCUGCACGCACACCCCACCCCGGCCCACAUGCACCCUCCCUGCCCUCCUUCCUAGCUGUGGGGACCGGGGUCUCUCCGCCCCCCACUGCCUGACAGUGGGGACCAGUGGAGGGGCCAGGCUUCUCUGCCCGCCAGUCACACCUCUACCCGCACCGACGCUUAGGCACGUCACACCGACACUAACACCCACACACCGAGGCAGCCAUUCAAGUAUUUAUUGAGCACUGACUGUGUUCCGAUGUCCGGGGGUUCAUUCUGGGCACUGGGAUUACAGCAGAGAGCAAGAGAGACACCGACGUCUGCCCUCAUGAGCUGACAUCCUCAGGACAGAACAGCCACACAGCCACACAGACACACACACACACACACUGGGCCCUAACCAGUCUGCUCCCCGAUUCUGGGCAGGACCCCUCGCCUGUCCCCAUAAGUGAGCGGCCACUGGGCUGACAUGACUGACAGGCAGGCCCCCUUGUCCCACCCCAUCACCCCACCCCCAUCACAUCCUCAGGUCUCGGGACCACCAGGGGCUCAGAGGGGAGACACAACUUGCUACUUCCGCACAGGGACCCCCCCCCCACCCAUGGGACCCUCCCCCUAGCUCUGGCCACACCCCUUUCUUUGAUAAGGAUCCUUCGCAGACGGAACAGCCCCUUCGCUCCUGGCUCCUCCCGCACGGUGCCCACGCGGAGGUCUUUCUGUCCUCGCCCCACUGCCCGGGAUUGCGAGCCCGGCCUGCCCCCCGCCCCCCGGCUGGUGGUCUGAGUUUUACACGGCUGCACACGGCCUCUGCCCGCCGUCCGGCCCCAUCGCAGCGGAGCCCGUCCCGGAUUCAGAGGCCCCCGGGGCUUCAUUUCAGUGUCCUUUUCAGGGCUGUCGUGGCGGGGGGAGGAGGGUCUCUUGGUGCUACAGCCCCACCCCCACCCGCCAGGGACCUCUCACCCCCGCCCCGCCCCCCACUCUCUCCUGCCUUCCCCACACGUGAGUGCUUGACCCUGGUGGAGCACCCCAUGAGAAAGAUGGGGAGGAGGGCAGGAGGUGCGGAACGACUCCCCCUCCAGGGUGCUCACCGGGGUUCCCACGCUCGCCGUCCCCCCCCCCCCGCCCCCCAUGCCAGGGUGGGGGACCCCGUGAAAAGCAGAGCGUCCCCACGGAGCGAAUAAAGGCCAAGGCUGCUUUCUU